AUGAAAAAAAACAAUUUAUGCAAUAAAGGCAGGGCUUCAGGGGGUCAAAUUGUCGGUAUUAAAAAGAAUAUUAGUGAUGGUUGGACAGUGGAAGAUUGGAAAUUUGGCUUAAUCUUGAAGUCAAAAUCCAGUACAUACAUAAUCACCGUCUAUAACAGUGUCAGGUUCAAUCAUGUAGAACAAAGUUUGAGAAGCGUUAUAGAGCAAGGUAUGAGUGAGUGUGAGACUGUACUGGUUUGUGGAGAUAUAAAUGCAAGAGUGGGGGGAGCCCGAGUCUGGGUGGAUCUCUGCGAAGAAGAUCAAAUUCUCAGAUCGUCUCAAGAUCAAACUAUUAAUGAAGAUGGCAAAAAAUUGAUUCGUUUGUGUGAAGAGUUGGGCUUGACGCUGCUGAAUGGUAGAACGAAAGGUGAUGAGCAGGGGUGUAUCACAUAUAUAGGGAGGAAUGAAUGUUACAAUGGUUCUGUGAUCGACCUCUUCUUAAUAGCAGAUAGAAGUAACCUUAAAGUGAUUGAAUCCUUAAAAGUCAUGAGUAGAUUAGAGUCUGACCACUUCCCAGUUGUCCUCACCAUCAAAUCAAGUUGGAAUGGGACAGACAUCGUGGAAUACAAUAGUUUAGACGCGGAGUAUGCGAUAGAAAAAAUUAAGUGGCAGCAAGAUAAAGCAAAUGGAUUUUGUGAAAUAAUGACGAAAAAAUUGAAAGAAGGGGUCUUUGCAUCUGCUGAGACAGAAGCUAGGUGGAAGAAUAUCGUAGACGUGAUUUGGGAGGCAACACGUGGUUGUGGUAUGGCAAAAGAACUGAAUAAAAGAGUAGAAGAGGUUAACAAGGCAAAAGGUGUAUCUAAGUGGUGGGCAGCUAUUAAUAAAUUUCGAGUUUCAAGAAAACAGGCUGUUUCGUUUGGGAUAUCGGAAGUCCAAUGGGUUGAGUAUUUUAAAUCGUUGCUUGGUCACCAAGGGGGAGCUGUGACACUUGAAAAUCGAACUGAAGAACCGUGGUUACACGAAGCUGUCAAUGUAGAGUCACAAACACAAGAUGACGAUACGCUAGGUGGUCUUUUUACAGCUGAGGAAGUCAAAGACGCAUUAGGUAGAAUGUCCAAUGGCAAAGCAGUGGGAGAGGAUAGUAUCCCGGUCGAAUGUGUAAAGAUAGUUCGUUUUGAUGCUGAAGAGAUUUUGUGUGGCGUCAUGAAUGAGAUCUGGAUGAAUUGUCGGUCACCAAAGGGGUGGUGUAAAGCAAGGAUUGUUCCCAUUUACAAAAGCGGAGACGAGAAGGUGGUGAGCAAUUAUCGGGGCAUAUCGCUGCUCGAUGUAGGAUACAAGCUUAUAACAAACAUGAUGGCAGAAAAAUUGAUGGUCUGGGCUGAGAAAGAGGAGAUUCUUAAAGAGAGUCAGGCAGGUUUUAGGAGAAGAAGAGAUACCAGAGACCACAUUUUUGUUCUUAACGCAUUAAAGAGACAAUAG